UGUUCUCUGCACGUGUGUCCGGCUCUGUCUGUCAGGAGCUGUUCUGCUCUGCUGCAGGAGGAGAACCGAGAGCCUCUAACAGACCCCGAGCGACUGGAAGGAUCAUGACUGUGUUGCGGUUCUACCGGAGAGAAGAGUCUGAGGGGGGACGGACCCUGAGGAGGGUCAAACAGCUGUAUCCGCAGGUCACCAUAACGACUGAGCACUGCUACAAUGUCGAGCUGAACGGUGCUGAUUCUCUGAGUAAAGAGCAGAAGGACAUCCUGUGCUGGUUGUUCAGUCCUCCUCACUCUGCAGCUCUGUCUGACAAGCCCACUCUCAAAGUAACAUCACCAGCAGAGACUCUGGUGGAGAUAGGCCCCAGGCUGAAUUUUUCCACUGCCUGGUCCACAAAUGCAGUGUCCAUCUGCCAGAGUGCUGGCCUGAAGCAGGUGACCAGAGUGGAGUUGUCCCGCAGGCACCUAAUCAAGGAUGGACAAAAUGGGCCAAGAAAGAAUGGAGAGAUGGAGAAGCUGAUUGGUCUCUUGUAUGACAGCAUGACAGAGUGCAUCUACAUGAAGCCCAUCACGUCGUUCUCUGUGGAUGUCCAGCCACAGAAAGUGUUUGAGGUUGACAUUCUGCGGAAAGGUCGUGCUGCCUUGGAGAAGGCCAACGAUGACCUGGGUUUGGCCUUUGAUUCCUGGGAUCUGGACUACUACACAGCAUUGUUCCAGAGGGUGAAGAGAAACCCCACCAGUGUAGAAUGCUUUGACUUGGCCCAAUCCAAUAGUGAGCACAGUCGCCACUGGUUUUUUCGGGGGCGGAUGGUGAUUGAUGGGCAGGAACAGAAGGACACGCUCUUCAGCCUCAUUAUGGGCACCCAGCAGCAUAGCAACCAGAAUAAUGUGAUCAAGUUCUGUGACAACAGCAGCGGCAUUAAAGGCAUGGAGCUGGAGUGUAUGUUCCCUACUGACCCUGCGCAGGCCAGCUGCUAUGAGACCAGACGCACCACCAGACACGUCAUCUUCACUGCAGAAACUCACAACUUCCCCACCGGUGUUGCUCCCUUCAGUGGGGCCAUCACAGGUACCGGUGGACGAAUCAGAGAUGUGCAGAGUGCUGGCAAAGGAGGUCACGUGAUCGCUGGCACUGCUGGGUACUGCUUUGGUAACCUCCACAUUCCAGGUUUUACCCUCCCAUGGGAGGAGGCUGAUUGGGAGUACCCCUCCAGCUUUGCUCCUCCUCUGCAAGUGGCUAUCGAAGCCAGUGAUGGAGCCUCAGACUAUGGCAACAAAUUUGGAGAGCCAGUGCUGGCAGGCUUUGCCAGAUCUUUUGGGAUGCGAUUGGCCAAUGGGGAACGCCGGGAAUGGAUCAAGCCGAUCAUGUUCAGUGGAGGGCUAGGCUCCAUUGAGAAUAAUCAUGUGAAGAAAGAGGAGGCAGAGCCAGGUAUGGAGGUGGUAAAAAUAGGAGGUCCUGUGUACAGGAUUGGUGUAGGAGGAGGAGCUGCAUCUUCUGUACAGGUGCAAGGUGAUAACUCCAGUGAGCGGGAUCUGGGUGCAGUGCAGAGAGGAGAUGCUGAGAUGGAACAGAAAAUGAAUCGGGCUCUCAGGGCCUGUCUGGAGAGAGCAUUGGGGAACCCCAUCUGUAGCAUCCAUGACCAGGGUGCUGGAGGAAAUGGGAACGUGUUGAAGGAGCUGAGUGAGCCUGCUGGAGCUGUCAUCUACACCAGCAAGUUUAAGAGAGGAGACCCAACCCUCAGUGUUCUAGAGCUGUGGGGGGCAGAGUAUCAGGAGAGUAAUGCUCUCUUGCUCCGCCCAUCUGACCGGAGUUUCCUGGAGAAGGUGUGUCAGAGGGAGAAAUGCCCCGUCGACUUUGUGGGCAAAAUUACGGGUGAUGGCAAGAUUGUUCUUGUGGAUGAUUUGUCUAACCAAGGUGGUGGAGUGGAUGGUGGGCGGUGCCCUGUGGAUCUGGAGCUGGAUUGGGUGUUGGGGAAAAUGCCUCAAAAGGAGUUUGUGCUGGACUGUAUAGCAUCCUCUCUGCAACCUCUCUCUCUCCCUGCAGACCUCUCUGUUCUACCAGCUCUAGAGAGAGUCCUCAAACUGCCUGCAGUGGCCAGCAAACGCUACCUCACCAACAAGGUGGAUCGCUCUGUGACUGGAUUGGUUGCACAGCAGCAGUGUGUAGGACCUCUCCACACCCCAUUAGCUGAUGUGGCCGUGGUUGCCCUGUCCCCCUUCAGUCUCCAGGGUGCUGCCACAGCAAUUGGGGAGCAGCCAAUCAAAGGCCUGGUUUCCCCAGCAGCAGGCGCUCGAAUGGCUGUGGGAGAGGCCCUCACUAAUCUGGUGUUUGCCCAAGUCACUGCUCUCAAGGAUGUGAAGUGCAGUGGGAACUGGAUGUGGGCAGCGAAGUUGCCAGGUGAGGGGGCAUGUCUCUGGGAGGCGUGUCAGGCCAUGUGCAAGGUCAUGGGCGAACUGGGCGUGGCUGUAGAUGGAGGAAAGGACUCCCUUAGCAUGGCAGCUCGUGUCAGCGGAGAAACCGUUAAGGCACCAGGCUCUCUGGUGAUUUCUGUGUAUGCUGUGUGUCCUGACAUCACUGCUACUGUCACCCCUGACCUGGAUGACCCAGAAGGCAAAGGUGUGCUGCUGUACGUUCCAGUGAGUGCAGGUAAAUACAGGCUGGGUGGCUCUGCACUAGCUCAGUGUUAUGGUCAGCUGGGAGACUGCAGCCCUGAUCUGGAUCACCCUGACCUGCUCUCCACCUGUUUCAGCACCACCCAGACGCUCAUUAAGGACCGUCUACUGAGCGCAGGACAUGAUGUCAGCGAUGGAGGACUCGUUUCUUGUCUUCUGGAGAUGGCUUUUGCAGGGAAUCGUGGGCUAGAAGUGAACUUGCCCUUUGAAGGGGCUGGAGUGAUGGAGGCUCUGUUCUCAGAGGAGUUGGGCCUGGUGUUAGAGGUGUGUGAGAGUAACGCAGCCAGUGUGUGUCAGCGUUACACAGACGCUGGACUUGUCUGCCACAGGAUCGGCACUACCUCCGGUUUUGGACCCGACUCUAAGGUCAGGGUGAGCCUGCGUGGACAGGAGGUGCUGAACGAGCGUCUGCCCACUCUCAGGGCGUUGUGGGAAAGCACAAGCUUCCAGCUGGAGCGUCUGCAGGCCAAUCCGCUCUGUGUGCAACAGGAAGAAGAGGGGCUAGCCACUCGCACCCAGCCAUACUUUAAACUGACCUUCGACCCUGCCCAAACACCCAUAAUAACAGAGCUGGCUGGCCAGAAGCCUCGUGUUGCAGUGGUCCGGGAGGAAGGCAGCAAUGGGGAUCGAGAGAUGGCUGCGUCUUUGUUUAUGGCUGGAUUUGAGGUAUGGGAUGUAACAAUGCAGGACUUGUGCUCUGGAGCCACAACCCUUGACCCCUUCCGAGCUGUUGUGUUUGUGGGUGGUUUCAGUUAUGCUGAUGUGCUUGGAUCAGCCAAAGGCUGGGCAGCCACCGUGACCUUUAACCCACGUGCCCGAGAGGAGUUUGAGCGUUUCCGGCGUCGUGAUGACACCCUGAGUCUGGGGGUGUGUAACGGCUGCCAGCUCCUGGCUCUGCUGGGCUGGGUGGGGGAAGCACAGGAUGGAGGCUCUGAGGUGUCCCUGACCCAUAAUAAGUCAGGGCGGUUUGAGUCUCGGUUUGUCAGUGUUGGUAUUCUGCCAUCUCCAUCUGUCAUGCUCAAGGGCAUGGAGGGAUCCGCUCUGGGCGUGUGGGUUGCCCAUGGAGAAGGUCUGAUGCAGUUCCGCUCUGCUGAGGCCCAGGACAGGCUCGUAAGUGCCUCUCUGACACCCCUGCGCUAUGUAGAUGACUCAGGAGCCCCCACAGAGACCUACCCCAUGAACCCCAACGGUUCUGCACUGGGCAUAGCAGGCCUCUGUUCAGCUGAUGGCCGUCACCUGGCCAUGAUGCCCCACCCGGAGCGUGCUGUGCUGGGCUGGCAGUGGGCCUGGGCCCCUGCGCCCCUCAGGGCCUCUCUGGAGCCUUCACCUUGGAUCCACAUGUUCCACAAUGCUGCUGCCUGGUGUCAGACCACUGGAGAGUGAUAGAGUUCCUGCACUGUGGCAGUAAAGUUGCCUGGGCCUGGUGUAUUGUUACAUCUAAGAAAGUGCUCUGUGACCAGCCAACUCUUUGUAUGGAGGUUUGAGAGAGAGUGUUCUAAAGUUUACAUAGUGCACAAGGCUGUGUUUCUACACCCAUACAAAUGAUCUAACAAAGGCAUAAAUAACAAAAAAAAAAAAAUAAAUAAAUGAGUUUUACUGUG